UUAGGCUAUUAACGGCAGGCUCGGAAGGUGCGUCCCGUGCGGGGAGAGUGAGUCGCGUGGGGACUAGGAGCAAGCAAGUGCGCGUCUGCGCGACUUUGCUUCCCAGCGCGUACGCGCCUAUUAGCGUUACCCGGGCUGGUUUGUAGACCGACUUGGUAAGGUGGGCCGGCCUUGUUUUGGGGCUGUGAGCAGGCCAGGUCUGCCUGGUGUGUUGGCCCAGCUAAGACGGAGGAAGGAUUUUAAAAAUAAAGUCCACUUUUGGCUCCCUCAAUGAAUGUCCAAUCUUAUUCAUAUUCGUAAUACUAUAUAUCUUGACUCCCAACUAUUCGCUGACGAGGCUCGCUGGCUUAGUCCAAUCAGCUGAGUAAGCAUCUAGGACCCACAUAUCAGUGGGUAAAUCAUGUCGUCGGUCGACGUACAGUGGAAUGAUCUGGACCGUUCAUACCUGCUGCAAGAUCGAUCGAGAUGAAUUCGAGAGAAUGAAUAUGCAUUGCUUCUUGCACAUAAAUAAGCAUAUGCAUGGCGCGAAUAUUUCAGUGAAGUGGACGCGAAGAAACGAACCCCACACCACCACAUGCAAUCGAAAGACAGCUAGAAAUGGGGGGCAAUGGCGGCGGCGGCGGCGGCGAUGGCGUGACGGUGGUUGGGCGGGCGGAGAUCGACAUGAGGGCGCCGUUCCGGUCGGUGAAGGAGGCCGUCGUCCUCUUCGGCGAGAAGGAGACGCCUCUGCUCGCCGGUGAUGGUGAUGUUCAUGGACCUGGACUACAUCGCCUCCGAUUAAUGAAUCGUGCCGCCACAACGCCGCCGGCAAUAUGGCCAACAUUUAGCCAACAGCAAGUCUCCGGCGGGGUCGUCGCCGUGACCCGCCACGUGCCGGCGGAGCUGGAGGAGGCGAGGCAGGAGCUGGAGAAGGAGCGGUCCGAGAAGCAGAAGAUGGCCGGCUGCAUCCUCUCCCUGCAGGAGGAGCUCAGCAACGCCAUGAGCGAGCUCAACAAGAUCAAGGCACGCGACGACGUCGGCGACGGCGACGGUGGCGAGGCGGCCGCCAAGGUGAUCGACCUGCAGGUGGAGGACCUCAAGUUCGUCGAGAUCGACGACGACAAGCCACAGCCGCGCCAGCAGUCGCCGUCCCCCGGCGAGUUCCAGAAGAGGAGGUACGUGACGUUCGCCGACCCGCCGCCGCCGAUGGCAUCAGCGUACGACCGCGCGCCACCGCAGGCGCCAUUGCCGGACGUGGUGAUCGAGCUGCGCCAUCGUCACAACCACAGCAGCACACCCUCGCCGCCGCAGCUCCGCGAGGUGCGGUUCAUGAGGCAGAUGUCGGCCAGCCAUGGCAUGAUGAAGGCGGCGGCGGUGGCAGCGGUCGAUCAAGAGGGGAGAAAGAAGAAGAAAUCGUUGAUUCCUCUGGUUGGAGCAUUGUUCAUGAGGAAGAAGAAGAGCAGCAGCUGCAGCUGCCACAACGACGACUCGGCGCUCAACCCGCGCACCUCCUUUUGAUCCUACCCGUCCGAUUGUUGCAUCGGACGCUUCUCCACCGUCGGAUAUAUUGAAGUACAAAAUACAUAUACGGUAUUUAUAUACGAGUAUAGUAUACUACUCCCUCGUAUGUGUGCGAGCGUACACGUACGUACACCAUGAUGCUUGCUUAUUUUGGAUCAUUAAUAAAUAAACUUGAGCUGUAAUAUACAAUGGAUAUAAUUUGUUUGUA